AUGUCUGAACUCACAUCCUCUGGAGGGCCCAGGUCCUUACAGAACAGGAACACCAAGAAUUUAUCUAUUGCCAUCGAGCACCAGAAGCCUGAGCUGACGAGUCUUCAAGAGAUACCGGAGGUACGACCACAGAUGCAGAGCAACUUCUCAUCCGGCACCAUAUACAGGAGGUCGACGCUGGAUAGUGACAAGUCCGUAAGGAAACCCGGGAACACUAUAUACUCUGUGACUCCCAAAUUAGAUAGAGUGCAGUCGGCGUCGCCAAUCUAUGCAAGCUCGAUGGAGAUAGACAACAAGAAGAAACUAGGGCGGGUGCACUCCUUGUCGCUGUCGAUCAAGACUAAAAACUUACCCACUCGAAACUCUAACAGUCUAAAGUCUGGACACAUCAGAAAUAGAUCAUUUACAAUGUCAGGGGCAGAGACUUCUACACCUCUUAUUACUGAUGAAUCAGAGUCGAGGAACUUGAAGAAGGAGUUCAUGAACAAAGUUGGUUCAAGAGUGCAACAGCAAGACUUCGAUAUGGACGCCAUGUACAGCGAAAUAUAUCAGAACACCGCCUACACUGAAGGACCGCUAUUGGUUGUAGAGCCCUCCAUAUAUUUAUACUCUGAGCCAAAUUUAUCAGUUAUUUUGAAUUACGAUGUGGUAAUUAACGUCGCGAAGGAAAUCGAUAACCUCAAACAACAUAUACCUGCAGGCAUGGCUAUUGACUAUUACCACGUCCCUUGGACGCAUGCUUCACAAAUAUCAAAAGAUCUUGCAUGGCUCACUGAGGUAAUGCACACUGCUGUUACUAAGGGGAAGAAAAUACUUGUGCACUGCCAAUGUGGUGUCUCUAGAUCGGCUUCGCUAAUAGUUGGCUAUAUGAUGAGAUACGAAAACUUAGCAUUGAACGACGCCUAUGCAAAACUUAAAGAGAUAGCCAAGGAUAUAAGCCCUAACAUGGGCCUGAUAUUCCAACUCAUGGAAUGGAAUGAUAUGCUUCCAUCAUUAAGAAACAAUGAGGCUUCAUCAAAGACCACAGUCCAAAGUAUGGAUAUGUCGCAAAAUAUUCCACUUGAAACCACAAAAAACGUCUCAACUUCGAAGUUUGACAAUUCAUCAUAUGGUAUGAGUAGCUCGAUAACAAUCAGUGACACCACCAGCGGAAAUAGUCCGUCAAGCGCUAACAGUAUCUCUUUACAAAACGAGUCGUUUCCUGUACUAAAUAGUAAGGAACUUACAUUAACGGACCUGUCUAAUAAUAAUAUUCUCAAUGGCAGCUACAAAAAUGCAGCCGAUGUGGUAGCGGAUUCAUCACAGCUAUGGCAUUAA